UAUCGCUACUACGCUGGCGUGGCUGUAAAUACGUUAUUCGCUGCUACCCUUCACUUCUGCCAGUUGUGGUGUUUACUUUCUGUUUUGGAUUUUAAUUUCAGAGUUUCUUUCCACAAUGUGUUGAUUCAAUGCAACUUAACUACUGUGACACAAAGUAAAAUGACCCUCCCUUGAGAAAUUCGUAGUUUCCAACGAGUUAGGGUUCUUCAGGCUCAGCCUAACCACUUAAAGUUAAACCAGGUCGGUUGGUUAUGGAUGUUCAGCGAGGGUAAGCAAUGAACAGGAGUUUAACUAUAUAUAUGUAUAAAUAGCAAUCUACUCAUACAGAACAGUUGAUUCUACACGGCUAACCAGCAAGUCAAAAAAUAUACUGUGAAGAGAAUGUCCGAGAUUAACCAAGAUGUAUUUACAACAAAGAUAUCUUCUAAAAUCGACAGGUGUUCAUCUGUUGGGCGACUAAAGAGAAUUUCUGACGAUAAAGAGGACGACCAUGAAAAGCAACAGCAAAUAAACAUGCCACUAGUACGUAAAAGGAAUGAAAUAGUGGGUUCAGGAGGUCACCAUCAAGAACUAGAAAAACGGGAGAAAGUGUUAGCCUCAAAGACGUCGAAUAAAUGGAAAAUACGAGACAGGGUGGUAAAAACCAAGAAAAUGAUGCCUGAUCUAAUGGAAACGUCGGAGAUAACGCCAACUAAAGGAAGUACAAGUGGUAGUAUGGGGUCUGAAAACCUAUGUCAACAUGCUCCAAACAUGAUAAUUCCACUAACGGAUAGCUGUAGCCCUGCAUUUCCUUGCGUUUCCGAUAGCUUCUUGAGACAGCUUGGACUGCAUAAAGAUGAUCCCAACAGCAAUGCAUCUUUCACUGAGAAGGAAAUUGAGAAAAAGUUUAGUAGUUUGUCACUAGCAUUUAAAACAGACAAGCUGACUUUGAAUAAGAGGCUAGAGUUACAGCAGCGACAGAGAGAUACUGCUGAAGAAAAUAUUGAAAGUGAAAUUCAGGCUUUGAGAACAUCAUUAAAUACUCUUAAUCAGCUAAGUACUUGUCAUGAAAUGAGAGAGCUGAUCUCAAACACUCAACAACAAGUGGAUGUUUUACAACAAUCUACCUCCAGGGUAUCGAGCCGAGCUGAAGUGUAUGGUGCUGUCCAGCAGGUACUCUUUGAUCUUUCUUUUUAA